GCAGCGUCCAGGCCCGGUUGGGUUCGGAAGGGGCGCGUGUGCCGCGCGGAGGUGGGUCGUGGGAGGGAUCACGGCUCACGCUGCUGGCGACGCUGCGAGUCGAGAGCAACAGUCGAGGAGAGAAACUCAGGAGCUGCUGCUGCAGUUUUUUUUUUUUCUGGUGGUGCUGCUAUCAUGGAGCCGCGGAAGAAAGGUGGCGAUCUCCCCCGCUCUCCGUUCCUCCUCUGCUUGGUUUUCGCUCUGUGUGUCCACCUGCAGACGGCUUCAGCUGGAGAAUGUCCUGCAGAUGGACGCACUUGGGUCCCCUUUGGAGACAAAUGUUACCACUUUGUCCAUGGAGAAGAAGACAAAAUCAAGAGCUAUGUAUUUGAAGCAGCGCUUUCGCACUGCAAAGGAUUUGGCCUUUUGACAAUCCAGAGUGCAGAAGAAAAUGAUUUUGUCAUGCGCUAUAGUCCAGAGGUGUGGAAAGGCAACGUCAAUAUUUGGCUGGGAAUGAAAUAUGACACAGACGAUGAUGCCAUGAAGUGGUCAGACAACAAGUCUGUAAGGUUUACUAACUGGGAGUACAGCCCUUCUCCUCCUGACCUCCCACUGGGGGAUAUCUGUGUGGCUCUGCACAGCAGCUCAGGGAGGUGGGAGAACGUGAGCUGCCAGGAUGACGUGGAGAAUGGAGUGGUCUGUGAAGCACCUCAAACGGAGCAGCCCAGACCCAAACCCAGCCCGUUGGUCUCCGCUCUGGUCAUUCUCAGCGUGGUGGCCAUCGUGGGAGUCUCUGCUGUGAUUUGGUUUCUGCACCAGAGGCACAGUUUCGGCUCCACCAUGAUCACGGCGUUCGAGUACCACCCUCCGUUCCGGGUCUUGGACUCGGACCAGUCUUGCCUGGUGGAGGCUGAGGAAACUGACAGCGUGCCUUGAGAAAACUCUCUCCCUUUCUUCCAGAUUAGAAUUGGCGGUUGUUUGCUUUCUGCAGAGACGUGUUGCCUCUUAAAUCAGUCUGUCGCUUCAUUUGAAUUAACGUGCCGCUGACCUGGACUCCGAAAAAUGUAUUUUCAUUGGAAGAAUAAUGACCCCAAGUUGCUAACCUCCUCGCUCAAGCAGCUAGAAUUGUCAUUACUCCUUUUUGUAGUGAGCUGCACUGAUUUUAACAGGAUUUUUUAAAUCUUUGUGCAGGUCUCUGAGUCAAGGCAACUUAGUUAAUUUUCGGCUCCCAGUUUCUGUCACUCAUAGGUUAACUUUUGAUUCUUCCUUUUCUUGAGUGAGUAGAUGAUGUUUUUAGGGCUUUGCAAAAAAUGUUUUUUUUUGUUUUUUCAAAUUGCUAUGAUAGAUAAUUGACAUGAAGUCAGAGAGGACACUCGUUAUAGCCAAAACUAAGAUGUAUCGACGUCUAUAUCAAAUAACAGUGCAGUUGCUGAAGGUAACCUGACUUUAUCCAUCACAGUAUUGUGCUCUGUCAUCUCAGAGCGUCCGUGCUACAUCUUGCACAUUUGAAUCCUGCUUUUAAAUGUGUCAAAUCUCAUCCAGAUUUUGUGAAGACCUGCACCUGUUUUUAAAUAGUUAAUAAUCUGUUGCCAUGUUUUGAACAAGUUAUGCUUAAAAUAAAUGUCUAAAAUUAGUCUAGUUUUCUUUCAGCCGUUGUUCUAAGACUGGUUGAUUUUUGUCACAGCUCUAAAUGUCCCAUUUUAAUAUCUUCAUCACAGCAGGAACCUAGUUAGACCAUGAGCUAAUGUCUAGUUAUGGUAUGCAUGCACAUAAAGUGAAGUUGCUUCAUGCAAAAUGCUAUUUUUAUAAUCGUCCUAAACCAGAAUCAUAACAAGACAUUCAGAGCUGCUUCCCUGCAUUGUUAAUUCUAUAAAAGCCGAUUUGUUCUUCAUAUUAAUUUGAUCAGACUCCCUCUAUGAGUUGCCUGUUUGGUUGUCUAUUCUAAAAUGUGUUUUUAAAAAGUAAUUUUUGGUGAAAAACUAAGUGUUUUUUAAGUUGUCCUUUUUAAAUAAUUCAGGAAUCUUCUGUUUUUUUUUUUUUUUUUCCCAAGUAUAUUUUCAAUAUAAAGAAUAGGAGAGCUGAUGGUGAAGAGGAGCCUCAUAGGGCUAUGCUUGCUCUUUGAAAAUGGCUUGCAUUGUUUGGGCUUCACAACAUUUAUCAAUGUGAGCAUAAAGCUAGGGAACCUUUCAGACCUCAUUAUAUCUGUUGUGGAUUUUCAUGGGAAUUCUUAACAUUUAGUUUUACAUGCCACUUUUAUGUGAACCGUUAUAAAGAUCUGGCAAGCUUCUUGUCUUUUUUCUUUCCUUUUUUUUUAGAUGUGAAUUAGUUUAUUUUCUGCCAUGUGAAAUGCAAUCGUAUAAUUUUUAGGAAAUUGUAAAUAUACCGACCUGUGAAUGAAUAAAGACAAUCACUAUUUGCCCAUA